AUGGAACCAUUAUUAAUCAACUCAUAUUCGACAAAGUAUACAUUAGAUAGUUUAGGUUUGAUAAUGGAUCCAAAAUAUGUUAGCCUAUGCAUCUUCGUAUUACUUGUAUUGCAUGGAGAUACUACUUUGGCAGAAACUUGCAGGGAGUUUGCUAAAUGGCAUCCAUUCUGCUUUAGUGCAAUGUGCAAGGCAAAUUGUUUUAUAGAAGGAAAAAGCUCCGAUGGUUCCUAUGCAAAGGGAUAUAGAUGUGAUUCACAUGGAUUUCAUUCUAUGUGUAUUUGCCUUUUGUGUAAAAGUUAGUUAUCUUAAGACAAGCGGGGAUAUAUUCUAUGUUCAUAUCCGUCAUUUAGGGUGUUGUUCAAAUAAUUUUAUGGGAUAAUAAUUAACUAGUUUGUUUACUUCUAGAUAUAUGUAAUACUACUUAAAUAAUCCUUAUUUCUUUAAUUUCUUAGCUCUAUAGCUAGAAACAUGUUUUUAGUUGCCAACCACUUUAGUAAUAUAUGUUUCUUCUCCUUUAUUAUAAACCUCA